AUGCAACGACGUAAGCGCUCCCGCACCCAUUCAGUGGGUGAUGAAGUAUCGAAGAACUCGGGGUCAAAAUACGUGCCGCAGCCGGAGAAGAUCGCUUCCGCCGCUUCAGGGGAUACCUUGGAGCGGGAGGAUUCAAUAAAGUUGAGUAAUACAGUUCUGCGUUCUUUGGCAAUUGCCCCUGAUGUUUCUGGUAUUCGAUGCGUUGCUGUGCAUCCGUCAGAGCGAGAGAUUGUUCUGGCUCGUGAAAAUGGCUCUCUGAUCUUGUACGCCAUCGAACGAUUCCAAAACGUCACUCACUUCCAAAUGUUGCGUUCCACUGGUGGUCGCAAGAGUCGUACCAUUACGCGGUUACGUUACCUAACUCGCGGCACGGGCAAUAGUAAAGGGAUUUCCACUCGUACCGCUCCUCUACUACUGGCUUCUUACCUAUCCGGCCAGUUCGUUGUUUACUGCGGUGACACACUUGCUCCUCUUUGUGUUCAUCAGCGGACUGGUGGAGCUAUUUGGGAUUUCUGUAUCACAGACCACACCGUCUAUGCCGCAAAGGCUGACGGGUCGUGGCACCAGUUACACGUGGAGUACAGCAGCAAUGUUGCUGGUGCGGCUGGGCCUCGCGCUCCGACCGUUCCGGCGCUGACGCUCAAGCGGAUCAUACCAAAGGUGCCAGGCGCGGAUCGUGCGAUCAGUGUCUGCUGCUCACGGCAGUGGGGAAUUGUCGCUGGAACAGAUGACGCCGGAAAUGUUGUGGCAUGGCGUCUUCCCCGACCCGAAAGUACGGACGACCGGGACGAAGAGACGAUCAAUCAGGACAACAGAGGAGGUGAAGGGAACACGGGAACGGCUGGGGAUAGGCCGCAGAGUCUAACAGAGCAUGAGGCCCUUUGGACGAGUCGCUUGCCUGAAGGAAUGGCGCUUUGUUGUACCAUCAGCACCAGUAGUAAAAACGCAGCUCCGGUUGUAGCGGUUGGCACUUCGGUUGGCGAUGUGGUGAUAUUUGAAGCAACCCGUGGUCAAGCGGUGAAAACAUUCACACACCACAAAGGCCCCAUUAGCUCGUUGGUGAGCUGUCAGGAAUACGUCAGUGGCAAUCAGUGCGGGGUGAUUUAUGCGUCUGGUUGGCACGAGUCUCUCCGUUCGUACCGAUGUAGCGUUGAGGGUGAGUGGCGCCCCGCUGAGGUGAAACGCCGCACACAUCACCAUGAAACCAGCGAACUGGCGCUCCUUCACCGCCAUCAGAUCAUACUCUCUGCCUCACGGGAUGCAACCGUUAUGUAUUCCCCAACUCAGUGUUUGUUCUCUGCACCGGCCAUGUACCUUCACACCACGUGUCAGAAACUUGCUUUUGCGAAGGAGAGGAAUGUCUUGCUGCAGACACGCAGUGGCCGCAUCGAAGGGUUCUGUACCGAUGCCGCAUUACGUCGUUGGUCCCCGCUAUUUGGUUACGAAGUGAAGGGUAAAUUUCACUUGCAGGGACUGUGGUGCGACGAUUCGCUCGGCCACAUCGUUUUCUCCACAGACGAGCGUGUCUCUUUAUUGUGCUGCCGCUGGCGCAAUGGACUGGAGGGGAGUCUCGCGCUUAAGCGUAUUGAAGAGGUGAGGAGUCUGCCUGCCAAAUACGGCAUUAUCGACUGCUGCUUUGUCAACACCAAAACAAACAAAAGUUGCUAUCUGCUUUUCGACGACGCGAUUGUUCAGAUUUCCCUCACGAAAGCGUACCCAGUGGUGACCACGCAGCUGGUACAGAGGGAUGGAGACCCCGAUGAAAUUGACAUAUGUCCAACUCGUUUCAUGUGGUUAGAAAAUCGGGCAGAUGUUGGUGAAGAGGAGGGGACUAAUCAUACCAAACUUAUGGUGUACGGUCGCCGCGGGUGGCUUUCGUGUAGCACUGCGGUGGAUGGCACCAUUGACACCAGCACUUUCACGGUACACCGCGAGGUGAUGCAAAUGGUGGAGUCGGUACCCCAUUUGUCACAAUCGCAAGGAAGGGUGGAGCACACUAUUGUUGCACUUGCAAAUGGUGAGCGCUAUGUUGCAGGUAUUGGAACUUCUCAACUGCUUCAACUUCCGCGCUCACUUCCACACGACACGCGGUUUGUUGCUCUGUUGCCACCGAGACGCCGGCGAAACGACUCGGGCAACGAAGUUAGUGAAGGGUUGGGCAGUGGGCCUCGCUUCCUCGCCACCUUUUCACGUGGGUUAUUGUGGGUUACGAGGAACUCGUGGUGCAUGUUGAGCCGGUGCUCCGCAGAGGGUGCGUUUGUUUUGCGUGGAAACAAGAAAGUGCUAAUUGUGGUGCGCAACCUGGAGGGAACGCUGGAAGUGUUGCCACCCUGUUGGAGGCUGCGACGCUUCGGUAACUGA